AGUGUGUGCGUUGGCCGGGCCGGGGGGAGGAGGGGAAUCUCCCGCCAUUUUUCAAUAAUUUCCUGCGGUGUUGCUGAGGAGGAAUCGUGACUGCCGGCCGACGGGACCCGAGGCGGGGAUCGGCUGGGGGCUGCUAGGAGGCGCAGCGGUGUGUGCGGGAGCUCUGCGCCCUGGCGUUCCGCUCCAUGGCUGUCGCGCGGCCGCGCCGGCGGUAAGGAAGCCGGAGUUCGCGCCGCCCUCUCACCCCUCCCCUCCCCCACCCCUCCCCCGGGCGCCUGGCGCUCGCUCCGGGCCGCGGGGCCUAGUGCUGCGCCGCGGGGCCGGCCCCAGUAGCCGCCCGUCCCCAUCGCCGCCGCCGCCGCUGCCUCCGCCGCGAUGGCGCCGCUCCUGGGCCGCAAGCCCUUCCCGCUGGUGAAGCCGCUGCCCGGAGAGGAGCCGCUCUUCACCAUCCCGCACACUCAGGAGGCCUUUCGCACCCGGGAAGAGUAUGAAGCCCGCUUAGAAAGGUACAGUGAGCGCAUUUGGACGUGCAAGAGUACUGGAAGCAGCCAGCUAACACACAAGGAAGCCUGGGAGGAGGAACAGGAAGUUGCUGAGCUUUUGAAGGAGGAGUUUCCUGCCUGGUAUGAAAAGCUUGUUCUGGAAAUGGUUCACCAUAACACAGCCUCCUUAGAGAAGUUAGUGGAUACUGCUUGGUUGGAGAUCAUGACCAAAUACGCUGUGGGAGAAGAGUGUGACUUUGAGGUUGGGAAGGAGAAAAUGCUCAAGGUGAAGAUUGUGAAGAUUCAUCCUUUGGAGAAAGUGGACGAAGAGGCCACUGAGAAGAAAUCUGAUGGUGCCUGUGAUUCUCCAUCAAGUGACAAAGAGAAUUCCAGUCAGAUUGCUCAGGAUCAUCAGAAGAAGGAGACAGUUGUAAAAGAGGAUGAAGGAAGGAGAGAGAGUAUUAAUGACAGAGCACGUAGAUCACCACGAAAACUCCCUACUUCAUUGAAAAAAGGAGAACGGAAAUGGGCUCCCCCCAAAUUUCUGCCUCACAAAUACGACGUGAAACUACAGAGUGAAGAUAAGAUCAUCAGUAAUGUGCCAGCAGACAGCUUGAUUCGUACAGAGCGCCCACCAAAUAAGGAGAUAGUUCGAUACUUUAUACGGCAUAAUGCGCUACGAGCUGGUACUGGUGAAAAUGCACCUUGGGUUGUAGAAGAUGAAUUGGUGAAGAAAUAUUCUCUGCCCAGCAAGUUCAGUGACUUUUUACUUGAUCCAUACAAGUAUAUGACUCUCAACCCUUCUACUAAGAGGAAGAAUACUGGAUCCCCAGACAGGAAGCCCUCAAAGAAAUCCAAGACAGACAAUUCUUCUCUGAGUUCACCACUAAACCCUAAGUUAUGGUGUCAUGUACACUUGAAAAAGUCAUUGAGUGGCUCGCCACUCAAAGUGAAGAACUCAAAGAAUUCCAAAUCUCCUGAAGACCAUCUAGAAGAAGUGAUGAAGAUGAUGUCGCCCAAUAAGCUGCACGCUAAUUUUCACAUUCCUAAGAAAGGCCCACCUGCCAAGAAACCAGGGAAGCACAGUGACAAGCCUUUGAAGGCGAAGGGCAGAAGCAAAGGCAUCCUGAAUGGACAGAAAUCCACAGGGAAUUCCAAAUCUCCCAAAAAAGGACUGAAGACUCCUAAAACCAAAAUGAAGCAGAUGACUUUGUUGGAUAUGGCCAAAGGCACGCAAAAGAUGACACGAGCCCCACGGAAUUCUGGGGGUACACCUAGGUCCUCUAGUAAACCUCAUAAACAUCUGCCCCCUGCAGCCCUACACCUAAUUGCCUACUACAAAGAAAACAAAGACAGGGAGGACAAGAGGAGCGCCCUGUCCUGUGUUAUCUCCAAAACAGCUCGUCUUCUCUCUAGUGAAGAUAGAGCUCGUCUCCCAGAAGAAUUGCGAAGCCUUGUUCAAAAACGAUAUGAACUUCUAGAGCACAAAAAGAGGUGGGCUUCUAUGUCUGAAGAACAACGGAAAGAAUAUUUGAAAAAGAAACGGGAGGAGCUGAAAAAGAAGUUGAAGGAAAAAGCCAAAGAACGAAGAGAAAAAGAAAUGCUUGAGAGAUUAGAAAAACAGAAGCGGUAUGAGGACCAAGAGUUAGCUGGCAAAAACCUUCCAGCAUUCAGAUUGGUGGAUACCCCUGAAGGACUGCCUAACACGCUGUUUGGGGAUGUGGCCAUGGUGGUGGAGUUCUUGAGCUGUUAUUCUGGGCUACUCUUACCAGAUGCUCAGUAUCCUAUUACUGCUGUGUCCCUUAUGGAAGCCUUGAGUGCAGAUAAGGGUGGCUUCUUAUAUCUUAAUAGGGUGUUGGUCAUCCUCUUACAGACCUUACUGCAAGAUGAGAUAGCAGAAGACUAUGGUGAAUUGGGAAUGAAGCUGUCAGAAAUCCCUUUGACACUGCAUUCUGUUUCAGAGCUGGUGAGGCUCUGCUUGCGUAGAUCUGAUGUUCAGGAGGAAAGUGAGGGCUCAGACACGGAUGACAAUAAAGAUUCAGCUGCGUUUGAGGAUAAUGAGGUACAAGAUGAGUUCCUAGAAAAGCUGGAGACCUCUGAAUUUUUUGAGCUGACGUCAGAAGAGAAGCUACAGAUCUUGACGGCACUGUGCCACCGGAUCCUCAUGACUUACUCGGUGCAAGACCACAUGGAAACCAGACAGCAGAUGUCUGCAGAGUUGUGGAAGGAGCGGCUUGCUGUGUUGAAGGAAGAAAAUGAUAAGAAGAGAGCAGAGAAACAGAAACGGAAAGAAAUGGAAGCCAAAAAUAAAGAAAAUGGAAAAGUGGAGAAUGGGUUAGGCAAAACUGAUAGGAAAAAAGAAAUUGUGAAGUUUGAGCCCCAAGUAGAUGCAGAAGCUGAAGACAUGAUUAGUGCUGUGAAGAGCAGAAGAUUGCUUGCCAUUCAAGCUAAGAAGGAACGGGAAAUCCAGGAAAGAGAAAUGAAAGUGAAACUGGAGCGCCAAGCUGAAGAAGAACGAAUACGGAGGCACAAAGCAGCUGCUGAGAAAGCUUUCCAGGAAGGAAUUGCCAAGGCCAAACUAGUCAUGCGUAGGACCCCUAUUGGUACAGAUCGAAACCAUAAUAGAUACUGGCUCUUCUCUGAUGAAGUUCCAGGAUUAUUUAUUGAAAAAGGUUGGGUACAUGACAGCAUUGACUACCGAUUCAACCAUCACUGCAAAGAGCACACAGACUCUGCCGAUGAGGAUUACUGUCCCCGCAGUAAGAAAGCAAACUUAGGUAAAAAUGCAAGCAUGAACACACAACAUGGACCAGCAACAGAAAUUGCUGUAGAGACAACCACACCUAAACAAGGACAGAACCUAUGGUUUUUAUGUGAUAGUCAAAAGGAGCUGGAUGAGUUGCUAAACUGUCUUCACCCUCAGGGAAUAAGAGAAAGUCAACUUAAAGAGAGACUAGAGAAGAGGUACCAGGACAUUAUUCAUUCUAUUCAUCUAGCUCGGAAGCCAAAUUUGGGCCUAAAAUCCUGUGAUGGCAACCAGGAGCUUUUAAACUUUCUUCGCAGUGAUCUCAUUGAAGUUGCAACAAGGUUACAAAAAGGAGGACUUGGAUAUGUGGAAGAAACAUCAGAAUUCGAAGCCCGGGUAAGAAUAGUUGCGUCUGCACUGGAGAAAUGGAAGACAGCAAUCCGGGAAGCUCAGACUUUCUCCAGGAUGCACGUGCUGCUUGGGAUGCUUGAUGCCUGUAUCAAGUGGGAUAUGUCCGCAGAAAAUGCUAGGUGCAAAGUUUGUCGUAAGAAAGGUAUGUUUAGAUCAAAUUUGCUUAUGUGGGUAUAUGAGGUUUUCCUGACAACUGCGCCAAUCUCUUGGCUUCUUCCUUGUGGGGCGGAGCUGACCUUCCUUUUGGGCAUCCUGGCGGCGGCGAGAGAGUUUCCUGAUCCCUGUGGGGCUAGAGCCCUUCUUAGGACCACUUUGGACUACAACUGUGUUUGCUAUAUUAUUAUUUUUUCUACCCACAGGAAUUAUACUGAAGAGUCUGCUUCCGAGGACAGUGAAGAUGAUGAGAGUGAUGAAGAGGCAGAGGUGGAAGAAGAGGAGGAGGAGGAAGAAGAUUAUGAGGUGGCUGGUUUGCGAUUGAGACCUCGAAAGACCAUCCGGGGCAAGCUCAGCGUCAUCCCCCCUCCAACAAGGUCAGGCCGGCGCCCGGGUAAGAAGCCACAUUCUACCAAGAAGGCUCAGCUGAAGGCACCACCUGUGGAUGAUGCUGAGGUGGAUGAGCUGGUGCUUCAGAGCAAGCGGAGCUCCCGGAGGCAAAGCCUGGAGCUGCAGAAGUGCGAAGAGAUUCUCCACAAGAUCGUGAAGUACCGUUUCAGCUGGCCCUUCAGGGAGCCCGUGACCAGAGACGAGGCCGAGGACUACUAUGAUGUGAUCACGCAGCCCAUGGACUUUCAGACAGUGCAGAACAAAUGUUCCUGUGGGAGCUACCGCUCUGUGCAGGAGUUUCUUACUGACAUGAAGCAAGUGUUUACCAAUGCUGAGGUUUACAACUGCCGCGGCAGCCAUGUGCUAAGCUGCAUGGCGAAGACAGAACAGUGUCUGGUGGCUCUGUUGCAUAAACACCUUCCUGGCCACCCAUAUGUCCGCAGGAAGCGCAAGAAGUUUCCUGAUAGGCUUGCUGAAGAUGAAGGGGACAGUGAGCCAGAGCCCAUUGGACAGUCCAGGGGACGAAGACAGAAGAAGUAGAGAGGCAGGGCCGUGGUAAGGAAGCUGAGGUGGGGGAUAGCAGGGAACAGCCAGGGAGGGUGGGAGGGAGGCGAGAGAGGAAGACCAAAAACUCAGAAGAGAUUGCAGGGAGUCCGGAAACGCCCGGCACCCCAAGCUGAUGCUGUUUUUCUAAAAGCUCUUUGGAGGGCUUGAUGCUGGGCUGGUUGUCUUUGUCCAGAAGUAUUCUGGGAUGAAGAGGGCCAUAACCCUCCCUUCUGAGAGUUUGCAGGAGGAGCCUGAGGGUCUGGCUUUUCUGGUGAACCCAGUUCCUCUCCUGCCUUCUUUUCUGAGGCCUCUCCCACUCUGGCUUCUACCACAGUGCCAAGCCCCUCUGGUCUCCAGGGGAAGGAUCGCUGUGUUACAAAGCAAGAUCCGGGGUAAUCAGGCCAACAGGGGAGAUGGUGGCGCGUUUUCUUUUUUAAUCUGUAUUUAUAUAGAGUCUUGUUUCUUUAAGCCCAUACUCUGUCUCUUCCCCCAUCUUCCUCUCAGGUGACAGUAUCAGUGAGUGCCAUACAGAAUUCUGUAUUCACCAGCAUCAUGAAACAGUUGUGGUCUUUUGAGUUGAUCUUGGCAGAGUAAAGGGACAUGUCCUGGAGCCAUUCCUGAAUAUCUCCCCUUCUUUGUGACAACCUCCCCCACCCCAAAAAAAAAAAAAAAAAAAACCCACAAAACUAAGGCACUUCAGUAAGAGACUGGAGUCCUGCUUAUAAUCAUGCAUAUAACCUUUACUUUGAUGGAUCUGGCCAGAGGGGUGUUGGAGCCCAGCCCACCCUCAUACCAGACAAGCUCUUAGGGGAGCAGAAGAAAAGCAGGAAGAAUUUAAAUGUUUAAUUUUUUUUAAAUUGACUUUUCUAGUUAUUAAAAGUUGCUUGUUUCAGCAGUGAUAUUGUAUAAAGAACAUCUUGUAAGAUACUCUGACAUCUCGCUUUGGCACAUGUACAGUACUGUUUCUAUGAUAACGUGUUUGCUCUAACUUCCCCGUCUUCUCCCUCAGCCCAUCCACUCUCCUGCAGAGCAGUUGGGUUGGAGGCUCAUUGAGGCAAGCAGCAACAUCGGGGGGUGGCUCGGGGGGUGCUGCAUCUGCUGCUUCCCAUGCCCAUUCUGACCUCAGACUUGGAACUCCUUGAAAACCUGAAGAUUCCAGUGGUCAGUGUUGGUGGGGGCUGGGAGGAGAGAGCGGCAGAGAAGCUCUGAGAGCCCCUUCCCAUAACAAAUCUAGCUCUAGUUGUUAUAUUUAGGCAAAACUUUGUAGUCUUCUUUCCCUUUUAUGAUGGAUUUUGAUAAAAGUACAAAACAGGGUUUAAUUUUCUUUUUUAUUGACUUUGAAUUUGGAAAAUUUGAGCACCUAAGCUCUUCUGUACCUAUUUAAUACAGUCCACCAAGGGGAUUGCAACUCCUAGAACAUGAGAAUAAUGCCUCUAUUAAACUGCGGAGUGUGGCCCCUGCUUCUCCCGUCCUCCUUGCUGAGGGACGGUGGGGAUUGCUCCAGGGCUGGCGGGUAGUUUACCGUCCCUUCUACAGGCAUGGAGUUGGCACUGACAUCACAGCUUCAUAACCCCUGCCACCGCCAGCUUCCCCUGCCUCUUCUCCUAGAUCCAGUCUGUUCUUGUUCAUAGUGAGAAUCCUGUGUUCCCACUUCAGUGACACCUGAAUUUUUUUUUUUUGUCUUCAAGGAGGAAGGGCCCCAUUAAAGGGUGAACUUGUAAUAAAUUGGUUUCAAAUAAACCUCAUGUACUUGUGUUUAUACAGAAGAAA